AUGGCAGCUGCAAAACGUCGCCAACAAAUGAAAUCUCGCCUAUCGACUUAUGUUAGCGUUGAUUUAACUGAUUAUGCUGUAGUGGAUCAUGAAGACUUUAAUACUGCUUUAUGUUGGACACCUCUAACCAAUAAAAAACACAUCAACGAAGCUAAAUUACUAUCCUAUUUUGAUCACUUUCAAAUCUAUGCAACGACGCCUACGGCACUCAAGAAAACUGUCCGUAAAGGUGUUCCAUUAAACCAGAGAGCUCAACUAUGGUUUGAAUGCAGUGGCGGUAGAACUUUCUUAACCAAACAUCCUACGUUAUUUGAUGAAAAUCUAGCAGAAUUUGUUUUUCCUGAUCCUUUACCUGUUACACAUUACGAAGCUGAAUUAGAUGUCUCAUUGGAUCAUUUGACAGAAAGAGGUGUUGCAUCGCUAAGAAGAUUAUUAAUGAUGCUCUAUCAUGAAUUUCCACACAUUCCCUCAUGUCCUUUACUGCCUGCCAUUGCAUCAUAUUUUCUCUUAUUUAUGGAGGAUAGAGAAUGUCAUGCUUGUAUGUCAGCAAUUCUACAAUCCAUCGAUGAUAACUAUUUCGAUUGUUCACAGAGGAGUUAUGCAGCAUCUCUUAGAACAUUCCAGGAUCUAGCCAAAGUAUUAUUGAAACCUGUUUACCGAGAUGUACUCAACACUGUCGCAAAGAGUAAAGGAGAAGACAAAUCCAUUAUUUUCCAGGAUUGGAUGGUUUGGAUAUUUAAAUACUUACCUAAGGAUGUUGUGAUUCGAAUGAUAGAUUGCUUCAUGAUUGAAGGCAGAAAAAUAUUCUACCGUAUGGGUCUGGCUAUUCUAAUUAUAUUUCAUAAGCAUUAUCUGCGAAAUAAUAGGGAAGGCUUGAGAACAUUCAAUUCUACACAGUUGGAGUCUAUUCGACAGUUUGUAAAAUUUUUGCCUGUUAGUUCCGAUUUAUUGCUGAAGACUGGCUUUAAUAUCAGUGGACUAUCUAGGAAGACUAUGACAAAGUAUUUUGAGCACAAUAAGCGUUUAAUUGAUCAAGGAAAGUUACUCUAUCAAUUCGACAAGACUACCAAUGCUGUCGUCGUUGGUCCGUUACCUGAUCAAAAUUCCAAUAUUGUAGAGCCUAAGCAGUGGAGCCAGAUAUGGAAUAUGAUUCCUGAUCGAUUCUACAUAAAGGUCCCCAUUAUGCUGUUUACUAGUGCAGAACAUGGUUGCAGUUUGAAGACAUUCUAUCUUAAGGCUGCUGAUCACGAACCUAUGGUACUAUUGAUUAAAACGUUGGAAGGAGAGGUUUUCGGAGCUUUUGUCGCGGCUAGUUGGGAGCGACGUAAGAAACACCCCAAUUUGUCCUUUUUUGGGACUGGAGAAUCAUUUCUCUUCACUCUCACUCCGGAGGUAGAGAGGUAUGCUUGGUGUGGUAGAGUAGCAUAUGAGAUGAUGAUGAAGAACAGUAGUGAUGCUGGUGCCAAGGCGGCCUCAAAAUUUUCAAGUAUGAAUGCUACCGAUAAGCGAUUAGCCUUUCAGCGGACUCGGACAGGAUCCCUCGAAAAUUUUUGCCAUUAUUUUAUGGCUGCUGACGAUAGCUGUAUUAUUAUUGGUGGAGGGGAUGGAUACGGCCUGUGGCUAGAUGCUGAGCUAAAUAAAGGGUCAAGUGCUCGAUGUCAGACUUUUAUGAAUCAGCCGUUAACGAAUAGCAAAGAUGGCACGUUUGUUUGUGCAUGCGUUGAACUUUAUGGACUGAUUGAUACUUAG